AUGGCGUUACGAAAGAUCGUAACUGUGACCGGCGGUAAUGGUGGAAUCGGCUAUGAGACAGUCAAAGCGCUGCUUGGGUCUGACAAACCAUAUCAUAUCCUGAUGGGUAGUCGAUCCCUGGAUAAAGCCAAUGCAGCGAUCGAGACUCUGCACAGUGAAUGCCCCGGUGCAGCUAACACUGUUGAACCUGUCCAGAUUGACCUUAUAUGCGAUGAGUCUAUUGAGACUGCGUUCAAGCAAGUUGAGGCAAUUCACGGUCACAUUGAUGUCCUAAUCAACAAUGCUGGAGCUGCCUUCGAUAUUGAGUACACAGAUGGUAAAGUCUCUCUUCGUGAAUGCUUUAACAAAGCAUACGACGUCAACGUGGCAGGCACGAAUGUGAUGACAGCGACAUUCAUGCCCCUCCUGCUCAAGUCUGCAGACCCCCGUCUGAUCUUCGUCGCUGGUCUAUCUGCCAUAAACCAAGCCAGUGAAUCCUACUUCCCAACACCUCCUCAGCCAGCAGGGUGGCCGAAGAAAAUCGACUUCGAGACUAUCGGAUAUCGCUGCAGCAAGACUGCUCUAAACAUGCUGAUGCUGGAUUGGAAUCAUAAGCUCGAGGCUGAUGGUGUUAAGGUCUGGGCUGUUGGGCCGGGGAUGCUUGCUACUAAUCUUGGAGGGAUUCCGGAGAAAGCCAAAGCUAUGGGGGCGAAGCAUCCCAGUAUUGGUGGGGAAUUCUUGAAGAUGGUUGUUGAGGGUGAGAGGGAUUCGUCGACUGGGAAGCUUGUGGCUAGGUCUGGGGUUAUGGCAUGGUGA